CUCCUGGCACUCAUCUUAACCUUGUUACAACCCCAUCUCGUACCACCGAGCCUCGGACAUGACGCCUUUGGUUCAAUAACAUCAACCAUCCAUUGACCUCUUACACAAGUGCGGCUGGUCCUUCAUGUUAUGGAAAACAUCAAUCCCCUGUCAGCACCCGCUGCCAAUCCACUCAAAUGUCCUCCAACAUCCACUCCCCUUCACACUGUAUCGCCUGAUCGGAUGAAUCAACAACGAAUCCCACCAUCUACCUCUCCCCACGGCACCUUGACCGAGAAUGAACGACCUCUGAGCCGCGACUCCAACAUGUCAGAUGUUCAGACCAAAGUCGCCUUUCUCAACAGUCUGACCAACUCUUCCUCUCCCCCCAAACUAGUCAGACAAGACAGGAAAUCAGCCCUAUCUCUCAUUACAUCUAGUCCUAAUGCUGCCACCAAUGCAACCUCACAAUCAGACAUGCCUGUCAAUACCAAUAGCGCCUUCCAGCGGGCAGUCAUGGGAUACGAAGAAGCACAAGCAAGCCUUGCCACUUUGAGCGCCGAGCUUGAACGGGCUAAGGAAGAGAUCCUGUCGAGAAAGAAACGCGAAAGAAUGGUAUCGUCGAGGGUCGAAAUUCUCAUGGAAGAGUUGCAGAACGAAAAAGGCAAGCGUGUUCGAGAUCAAGAGGCCUACACCAAAGAGGUCAAACGUUGUCGCAAAGAGACUUAUCGCGCGGAACUUGGCCUGGUUGAGUCAAGAGAAGAGCUCAAAGAUGUGAGGAACGAGCUGAAAAAGUGCCAGGCUGAGAUUUUGCAUGAAAAGUCAGAGAAAGAGAAGAGUCGGCAGGAGGCUUUCGAAAGAGCCUACGCCCUGGCCGGCGUCCUCGAAGAAGUGGAGCAAGUUAAGGAUCGACUCAAAGUCGCUGAGAAAGAGAGAGAUGCAGCCCUCGAAGAGGCGAAAGCUCGCACCGCGGAGAAAGCCACAAUGGCGGACCAAGUCGAGGCUAUCCAAGCAAGCCAAACGGCCACCCAGCAGAGAUCUACAGAAUGGAUGGGCAACUUCGAAGGCCAUACCAUUCUCCGUCCAACGGUCCCUGCAGCACAAACAAAAGCUCAUGUACCAUUGCCAUCGUCAAAGGCACUUCUCGAUUCCUUUGAUGCCAUCAAAUUCCACUUAGACCUCCACGACAAAAAGAUGCAAGGCUUAGAAGUCACACAAGAGGAAGAAAUUGCAUACCUCAACAUGGAGUUGCAAUAUGCCAGGCGGAAACACGAGGAGGAUGAAGACUUGAUUCACUUUAUGCACAUGCAGUGCCAGUUCAAGGCCUGCCCGUGUCGAAUUGCCGAGGAAAACGGCGAAAAGUUUGUCCACGAUCACGCAUACGAAGCUGGACUUGAGCCACAGCAUGUCACGAAGAAACGUAAAGUGUCUUGUGAGCCAGUCGACGGCCCCCCUUCGAUGACGGUGCCGCAAGCAACAUCCGCAAAGAUACAAACUCAUCUUUUUCCAACACAACAUCCUACAGAUAUUGUCAAGGAAAGUACUAGUCCCUUGGACAACGACACCACACAGCAAUCAGGGGACUCGGAGGAACCUGCACAGCUUGAAGAAGCCGCCGCUAUCCCGCUCCCUGAGCCUCUGUCUGUGGAGGUCAGCCUACUGGAUCACACCCCGGAGCCUACAGCCCAGCUGGAGGACAUUACUCAGGUGCUAGUGGAACCUGGCACUACUACAAAGCAAUUCUCCUUCUCGACCUCCACAAUGAGCAUUGCCAACAUCAAACCUACAACAGUGAAUGCAGAAAAGAGUUCAGGGUCUUGUGCGCCAUCCUUUGACACUGAUCUGUUCGACCUGUCGCCGCCAAAACAGAGCCUGCCCCGUCGCCCAUCCACUGCCAUGGGUAUAUUGACCAUAGACUCUCCCAUUCGAUUGGUCCCUGACUCGGCACAAUCUUACCACACCGUUUAUCAUGAGCACCCACGAACCAUGACUUCUCCUCCUCUACAUCCUACCACUCUAUUCUCAGAGUCUACUGUCACAACAAAGAUAGCCUUGAAAGAUACGCCGCCACGAUCUCACGCACACAAGAGGACGAAAUCGCGUUCUAAUGUUCGAAGCCACUCGCCGUUUUCCUCGUCCACAGAUGCCUACGCCAAUACCCCAGUAAUUCAGCAACGGGAGACUCGAGGACCAUCAGCAUCACCUGCUACUACUACCAUGUUUCCCAUUACACCUCUCCUCAAGCAUCCUCGAUCAACUCAUGGCGUAUUAAUUGGUCACCAAGACGCACCACAAACAGUUGGCACCACUACAACCACAACCCGUGUUCCCCUCCGUGGGAUGGAUGAUACCGACGACGUAUUCAGCCCCGUUCAGGACCAAGGACAACAUGCUCAUACCGAAAUCAUCAGAAUGAGUUCGGAUUCAAUUGGCUAUGACUCAAAAGAUUCCACAAGCCAUGCCACGUCCUUUGAUUCAAGAACAAACUCAAUCCUUGGAAAUAUCCCGGGCACACCAAUCUCACGUGAGGCUGCUCUUGCCCAGAUCCGAGCAAGACGUGAUCGGGCGAGAAGCGUCAAUCUGAAACGCACGGCAGCAAUGGUCUCAACAAGCAGUAGUGGGGCUGGCAGAAGUCCCACCAAGCCACGGGCAGUCAAUGGAGCGGCAGGACUACUCGUCCGAGACAAGGAUGGUCCAAAUUUCAGACGAGAGAUCAGUCAAGCGAGCGCACCGGGUCGUCUUGCUUAUUGAAAAUCACAUCAUCCAUCCUCCACCGGUCUUUGAUUUGUAUUGUUCAUGUUGCGUUGAAACAUUCGCAUCAUAGGCGUUGGAAUGAAGGCAUACAAGCGACACGCGGAGUUGGAAUUCUUCGAUGACGACAUGGAUGCUGGAAAGGCCAUGGGCGUUGAUCUUCUCACGUAGGACUUUGGUGUCGUAUUGGUUGUUCUAGUCCAUAAUUCUACAAAGCUGUAUACCCUAGUCUCAGUCUCGUUGUGGUCGCUGUCAAGGCGUGCUAAUAGUUGCU